AAAAAUAAAAAUCAAAAGUACCUUAGCUGUCAAUCAUUGAUCGUUCACAAGUUUUAUACCUCAACCUAACCCUUGCUCAACCAUCACAAUUCACAACCCUACUACCUCACUUAUACCCUCACACACUUCGCCCCUCUUUUCACUUUCUCUCUCCUCUGAAAUUUGCAGCACCACUCACCUUCAACAAUGUCGCACUUCGGCAGAGCUGGUCCUCCUGACAUUCGCGACACCUACUCUCUCCUCGUCCUCAACAUCACCUUCCGUACUACAGCGGAUGAUUUGUACCCUUUGUUCGAUAGAUAUGGCAAGGUUGUUGAUGUCUUCAUCCCUCGUGACCGCAGAACUGGUGAAUCUCGUGGGUUUGCUUUUGUUCGUUACAAGUAUCAAGAUGAAGCUGCCAAAGCUGUUGAAAAGCUUGAUGGCAAGGUCGUUGAUGGCAGAGAGAUAAUGGUUCAGUUUGCAAAAUAUGGUCCUAAUGCUGAGAAAAUUCAGAAGGGAAGAAUACUAGAGCCAGUCAAGACAAAAGGGAGAUCAAGAAGCCCUCGUCCUAGACAUCGGGAUGACCACAGGGACAGAGAUUAUAGAAGGAGAAGUCGCAGUAGGAGCAGAGAUAGGUCUGACAGAGACAGGUAUCGUAGCAGGGACAAAGAUUACCGCCGUCGAAGCAGCAGGAGCUACAGUAGAAGUCCGGACCAUCGCAAAGAUGAUGGUAAAGGGAGGUAUGAUGAUGAGAGGCGAAGCCGAAGCAGAUCAUAUGGAAGUGCCUCACCUCGUAGAGCCAGUCCCAGUCCUAGGAGAAGCCCUUCACCAAGGGCAUCUCCUAAGGAUGAAAGUCCUAAUGGACGUGCUCAAGAGGAGCGAUCUCCAGCUCCCAGGAGUGCAUCACCACGUGGGCGAUCAGCUCCUAGGAGUGCAUCACCGCGUGGGCGGCCAGCUGAUUCACGUAGUCAAUCUCCCCGCAAAUCUGAUGUAGAUGAGUAAAGGUCGCAGCACUCGACUAAUGCUAUGAUCAGAAUGCUUCUAAUACAAGCUCAAUCUGCCGGAGAGCCUUUUUCAUGUCCAUGUUGUUGUUCAGUGCUUGACUUGAAUUGAAGUGUUUGUUGAAAGUUAGAACUUUCUUAGUUGAAUUCCAUGCUCCUAUCAACUUUUCUUGGUAUGGUCCUGUUGUUUAGCUAUUGAGCUCUAUGAGCAGUUUAUUUGUCAUUAUGUUAUAGAACAUGAGGUGGUUGGAUAUGGUCUGUUAGUCUUAAAGAUUAUCUUGCGUUAUUUUUGUGUCGUUAUGCUUGCUUA